CCGGGCUGUGGCCGAGCCGAGCGAGGCGGUUCCGUCCCCGCGCGCGCCGCCCGGUGGGAGCGGGAGGCCGUUCAGCGCCCCGCGUGGGGCACAGCCCUGCGCCCGCCCUGUGUGCCGCGUCCUGGGCCUCCCCCUGGUGCCAUUCACCUGCCCCGGCUCCCUCCCCGGUGGGGCCUGUCUUGUCCUCUCGGGCUGUGUCUACACGACUGACUCGCCCUAGAGAAGCGGUGUCACUCCGGGGCGCGAUCCGUGCCGGGAAAAGCCCCGAGGGUGGGCACCCGUUAUAAGGGGGAAAGCAGAGUUCCGCCCCUAGAGCUGUGUCUAAUUUCUUCCUAUCCAGCCUUUGCUGAAGUGCUGCACAUGGUGGACCUGAGAAGCCCCCAGGACACAUUCCGGGAUGGCAGCUAGGUGACGACAGCUGAGGAUGACCCUGACUGAAAAGCUGCGCGAGAAGAUAUCGCGGGCGUUCUACAACCACGGGCUGCUGUGUGCUUCAUACCCCAUUCCCAUCAUCCUCUUCACUGGCCUCUGUGUCCUGGCCUGCUGCUUCCUAUCCAGCCUUUGCUGAAGUGCUGCACAUGGUGGACCUGAGAAGCCCCCAGGACACAUUCCGGGAUGGCAGCUAGGUGACGACAGCUGAGGAUGACCCUGACUGAAAAGCUGCGUGAGAAGAUAUCGCGGGCGUUCUACAACCACGGGCUGCUGUGUGCUUCAUACCCCAUUCCCAUCAUCCUCUUCACUGGCCUCUGUGUCCUGGCCUGCUGCUACCCACUGCUUAAGCUCCCCUUACCUGGAACGGGCCCUGUGGAGUACAGCACCCCGGUGAAGGAUUACUCACCACCGUCUUCAGAGCCGGGCCACCAGCAAGGAGAUCCUAGUGAGAGACCUGAUUGGUACCUGGGCGCUCCCGUGGCCUACAUCCAGCAGAUCUUGGUGAAAGCCACAGUCUCGCCAUGGCACAAGAACUUCCUCGCUGUGGACGUGUUCCGCUCGCCGCUCUCCCGCGUCUUCCAGCUAGUGGAGGAGAUCAGAAACCACGCCCUGAGAGACAGUUCUGGGAUCAGAAGUUUGGAGGAAGUCUGCCUUCAGGUGACAGACCUCCUGCCCAGCUUAAAGAAGCUGCGAGACCUGCUGCCUGAACAUGGCUGCCUCCUGCUGUCUCCAGGGAACUUCUGGCAGAAUGACCGAGAGCGCUUUAACUCCGACCCUGAUAUCAUCAAAACUAUCCACCAGCACGAACCAAAGACACUGCAGACAUCGGCUACCCUCAAAGAUCUCUUGUUCGGCGUCCCGGGGAAGUACAGCGGCGUGAACCUGUACAACAGGAAGCGGGUGGUGUCCUACACGGUCACGCUAGCUCUCCAGCGAUAUGAUUCCAGGUUCCUCACAAGCCUCCGCUCCCGGCUGAAGCUGCUGCACCCUAGCCCCAACUGCACCCUGCGGGAGGAGCACAUCGUUCACGUCCACUUCAAGGAAGAGAUCGGCAUUGCUGAGCUGAUCCCCCUCGUCACCACCUACAUCAUCCUCUUCGCUUACAUCUACUUCUCCACACGGAAGAUUGACAUGGUGAAGUCAAAAUGGGGCUUGGCCCUGGCAGCGGUUGUGACGGUGCUCAGUUCUCUGCUCAUGUCGGUGGGGCUGUGCACGCUGUUUGGCUUGACGCCUACGCUCAACGGAGGGGAGAUUUUUCCAUACCUGGUGGUGGUGAUUGGCCUGGAGAAUGUGCUGGUUCUUACCAAAUCGGUCGUCUCCACGCCCGUCGACCUGGAAGUGAAACUGAGGAUUGCACAAGGCUUGAGCAAUGAGAGCUGUUCUAUUAUGAAGAACAUGGCCACAGAGCUUGGGAUCAUCCUGAUUGGUUAUUUCACGCUCGUCCCGGCCAUCCAGGAGUUUUGCCUCUUUGCUGUGGUUGGCCUGGUGUCCGACUUCUUCCUACAGAUGUUUUUCUUCACCACUGUGCUGUCCAUUGACAUUCGCCGGAUGGAGCUCGCUGACCUGAACAAACGGCUGCCGGCAGAAGCCUGCAUGUCCCCAGCAAAGCCAGUGAGCCGCUCCCAGAGGUACGAGCGCCAGCCAGCCAUGCGGCCAGCCACCCCGCAUACCAUCACCCUGCAGCCGUCAUCCUUCAGGAAUCUGCGCCUGCCCAAGAGGCUGCGGGUCAUCUACUUUUUUGCCAGGACCCGGCUGGCCCAGCGGCUCAUCAUGGCUGGAACGGUGAUUUGGAUUGGAAUCCUGGUGUACACAGAUCCCGCUGGCCUCCGCACCUACCUCACGUCGCAGGUCACAGAGCAGAGCCCGCUGGGAGAAGCGGGACUGCCUCCCAUGCCAGUUCCUGGAGGGGUCCUUCCGGCUGGGGAUGCCAAGCUCUCCUUCUCGGUCUUCCCCUCGGAGCCCGUGCAGCUGUCAGAGAACCAGACGCAGCAGCAGCGCGAGCAGAAGGAAGGGCUAGAGUCCCGGAAUGGGCUGGAGGCAAAUCAGCAGCCGUGGGCCCAGGGACCGGAGAGCCACGGCAGUGGGCAGCCGGAGCCUGGCACCAAGGCAGAGGUCACGUGGGGCGUGGAGGAUGAGGAGAUCUGGAGGAAGCUCUCCUUCCGACACUGGCCAUCCCUCUUCAGCUACUACAACAUCACCUUGGCCAAAAGGUACAUCAGCAUCCUCCCAGCCAUCCCUGUCACCUUGUACCUGAAUCCACGAGAAGCCUUAGAAGUGCGCCACCCUCAGGAGGCUAAUCGCUACCACUCUUUCUUCCCUUCGAGCCUCGGGAAAUUGGAGGCGGUGGAUCGGCCUGGUGAGGCCUUGCCCAAGCUGCAGGGACACCGGGACGUCACGCUCUACAAGGUAGCUGCUCUGGGCCUGGCCUCUGGCAUCCUCCUGGUUCUUCUGCUCUUCUGCCUGUACAGAGUGUUCUGCCCCAAAAACUAUGGGCAGAACGGGCUCUCGCACAGCCGGAGGAAGAGAGGGGACCUGCCUUGUGACGACUACGGCUAUUCCCCACCUGAGACCGAGAUCGUCCCCCUGGUCCUCAGGGGUCACCUCAUGGAUAUCGAGUGCCUGGCCAGUGAUGGGAUGCUGCUCGUCAGCUGCUGCCUGGUGGGUCAGAUCCGAGUGUGGGAUGCUCAGACUGGAGACUGCCUCACUGUCAUCCCCAAACAAGGGUUGCGCAGAGACAGCAGCGGCAUCUUUGAUUACCAGGAGAGCUGGGAUCACAGCCCAGACCCCAAGAACGGGCUGGAAGAUCCCUUCGACAAUAGCCACCCGCUCAAGAGGAUGCUGAGCCCCCCGCAGCCCCCUCUGUUCUGCAACCAGCCAGACCUCACCUCUCUGAUCGACACCAACUUCUCGGAGCAGGCCAAGGUGGUGGAGCCAGAGCCCAGGCACCGCGGAGUCUGCGGCCGGCACAAGGACACCGGCUACAACUUCGGCAGACUGGUAGAGAAGGUCUACGAGGAGCAGAGCGCUUCGAACUGCAUGAACUUCGCCGGCUUCCCGGCCCCACACGGGCAGGCGGUUUCCUGCGCUAGGACGGGCAGCACCAGGCCCCUGAGCUGCGGGACUGGGGAAGGAGGGUGCAGCGCCCGCAGGAAGAGCCUAGGGGACGAGCCUUUGGUCGGCUUUGAAAAGUCCUCCCCUGUCUCUGCCUGGGCCGGUGACUUGGAAAGCUCCGUCUGGAGCCUGGACCUGCGGGGCAACCUCAUUGUGGCUGGCCGGAGCAACGGGAAGCUGGAGGUGUGGGAUGCCAUCGAGGGGACCUUACGGUGCAGUAACGAGGAGAGUCAGUCCGGAAUCACAGCACUCGUCUUCCUGAACAACAGGAUUGUGGCUGCCAGGCUGAACGGCUCCUUGGAUUUCUUCUCUUUAGAAACCCACUCAUCCUACAACCACCUGCAGUUCCGAGGAACCCCUAGCAGGAGCAGCAUCCCAUCCUCCCCCGUGUGCAGCAGCAAUGACCUCAUCGUGUGCCAGCUGACCCACACGGUGCCCUGUGCCCAUCAGAAGCCAAUCACGGCACUGAAAGCUGCGGCUGGGCGGCUGGUGACAGGCAGCCAGGACCACACUCUGAAAGUGUAUCGGCUGGAAGAUUCCUGCUGCUUGUUCACACUGCAGGGUCACUCAGGAGCAAUCACAGCUGUGUACAUAGACCAGGCGAUGGGGCUAGCGAGCGGGGGCCAGGAUGGCGCCAUCUGCCUUUGGGACGUGCUGACAGGAAGCAGGGUCAGUCACAUGUACGCCCACCGCGGGGACGUCACCUCGCUGACCUGCACUACCUCCUGCGUGAUCAGCAGCGGCUUGGACGACGUGAUCAGCAUCUGGGACCGAAGCUCCGGGAUCAAACUCUAUUCCAUCCAGCAGGACCUGGGGUGCGGGGCCAGCCUGGGGGUGAUCUCCGAUAACCUGCUGGUGACGGGAGGCCAGGGCUGCGUCUCCUUCUGGGACAUCGGCUACGGCGACCUGCUGCAGACCGUCUACCUGGGGAAGAGCAACGAGUCGCAGCCGGCCCGGCAGAUCCUGGUGCUGGAGAACGCUGCCAUCGUCUGCAACUUCGGCAGCGAGCUCAGCCUGGUCUACGUGCCCUCGGUGCUGGAGAAACUGGACUGAGGGGGCGGAGCUGGGCCCUGCGGCCACCGGAUCUGAGUUCUGAUUGGACAGCGGCUGGGGUAGGAGGACAGGGCAGGAGCUCCAGGGGGGUUCUCCAGAGAGCCCCUGCUUCUCCUUCCCUUCCUCCCCCUCCCCAGCUCCUGGGAUCCCAGGUGCCUGGGUGGGGCUGAGCCCGGCUCUGCCUGUGCCCCCCUCCCAGACAUCCCCCCACCCUGCUCUCGCUCCGCAGGUCAGUUCCUCCCUGGGGCUGCGGCUGAGCUCAGUGGGGACGGGACCCAGCUCGUGGCUCUGCAGGCCGGGAACGCGUGUCCGCUGCUCGGCGCUGAGUGCCAGCGGCCCCGGCACGGCCCCGGCUGGGCUGCACAGCCGGUGGCCAGAAACCUGAGGAGCUGUCAGUGGGAUGGGGCUUAACAGAGCCUGCUCGGUGCAAUGCCCUGGGCGUGGGGAGCAUGGGGGCCCAGGGGCAGUGACGGUAGAUG